AUGGAGAUUGUUUCUUACUAUGCACGCAUAAUUCCAGAACACUGCACAUACGCCGAUCUUCACGCCCUUCUUGUAGCAGCGAAUCGCAUUGAAUUUUAUGUGAUCGCAUUACAAGAAACAAAAAUCAAGAAGACCGACGUACGCCAACUAAGCAACGGGACUCUUGUAAUCCGUGGGGAAAAGGACCCGUCACGAAAUGUGGGUGGCGUAGGCUUUGUCGUUCACUCGUCCAUUGCCCAUCUCGUCGACUCAUACGUGAUCCUUUCCCCUCGCAUAGCGGUCCUUCGUCCUCAACUGUCGCAUCAUAAGAAGAUCACUAUCAUCAACUACUACUCACCGACCGACGCAGCUGCUGAGCACGAAUUAAAUGCGUUCUGCUAUCAGUUGGAGGAAGUCAUCCUCAAUGAUAAAACAUAUCAUAAAUUUGUUGUUGGAGACAACGCCAGAAUGGGAAAGGCCAACGAGAGCGAAUAG